AUGGGGGCUGUCGCCUCUCAGUGCUGCUGGCGGUCUGUGCUGCGUUAUGGGGAGGCUAAGAGACUAGGGCUCGUUGGUUGGGUCCAGAAUACUAGCCACGGCACCGUGCAAGGACGAAUCCAGGGUCCGGCUGCCAGGGUACGGGAGCUGCAGGAAUGGCUCAGGAAGAUAGGAAGUCCCCAGUCCCGCAUCAGCCGAGCCGAGUUCAGCAACGAGAAGAAGAUCACGGCGCUGGAGCAUAAGGACUUCCAGAUUUUGAAAUAACGUUGUCCAGGAAGAAGCAAAAGCUGGAGGGCGUGAGCUGCCCUCACGGAACGUUUCCCCUCUUCCCCGUUUGGUCGGUCAGCCAAUAUUCAGCUCUAGAGAACUUUAUUUUCCUACGUUUCUAAUUUAUUGGUUUGUUGUACUAUUAGUCUAGCUGUCAGCCUUUCACAGAAUUUUGGCAGGUAGAGGGAGAGCUGUGCUGUAAAGGGGCUGUUUAGGGACCCAGCCUCUUUAUUUCUGAACGUAUGUGCAGAAUGGGGUGUGAGUAGUUGUACGUGAGUAAAAUUCGUAGUUUGUGUAGCGUUGCGCUCACGUGAAGGAAAUCACAGAUUCAAUGCUGAUACUAAACAUUGCGAAAAACGUUAUUUCUGUGCUCUAAAUGCCUCGGGAACAGUUUAUGUUGUUCCAGAAUCUCAUUUUUUUCUUUAGAAUAAAAUUGCUUGGCGCUUCUUGUGU